GGUUAAAGUCUGUUUCAUAAACUCUCCGUGCUUCAAGAAUCGCCUGGAAGCUACUUGUGCAGGCUUUAAAUACCGAUUUGACAGAUCACAUUUUAGCCCACUGUUACUACCAGCCCACACUGCCUCCUCACAGCAGCUAGUGAACACACCACAGACACACGAUGGGAACUCUGAGAGUGGUGUUACUCCUCUCCUUGAUACCGUCACCAUGGGUGCUCUGCUCGACUGGGAAACACUUCAACCAGGAUUCAACACUCACACUGGAACAACAGGAUGUAUUGUUCAAUAGAGAAACCUAUCUGGAAGCAAGGAGGUCUAAGGUAGGCUAUAAACUGACUUGAACACCUUUAUUUUCUAGUAUUGAUUAAUGACUAACUAUAGUAAGUCAAUAAUAGGUUAAGAAUAGUUAAUAGUAACUUAUCAUUCUAAUGCACUUAAAUAUACCUCCUCAGAGUUUGAUUAAAUCAAGUAAUUUCAAACAUCUUGCAAGGUUGUAGCUGGGAUUUAUUUAAUAACAUUAUUAUUUAAUAAGAUGUAUUUAAUUAUUAUUGUUAUUCUAAUGAGUCAAUGAAUGGAUAAAUGUUAUAUUCAAUAUAUCUGUAUCUAUGAAACUAGAGGCAGAUAAUUACAAAACCAAUUUCCUUAAUGUGUGAUUUAUACUUGAAUACCAAUAAUUCACUUUUCCUUUUGAACAUCCUAUUUUUUUUUAUGCAAACAUUGUUUUAUUCAUACAUUAGUAAACAAUGCCUCAGCGAUAACAACUGAUCUACACAUCAAGACUUGAGUGCAUUACAUUAGUUUGUCAGUAGCAUUUCAUUGUUCCACCUUCUGAUGAAUAUUAUUGUAGCGUAAUACUUUUAAAUCCCAGUAAUACCUUUUCUUCCCUUAUUUGAGAAAUCAAACCAGCCGUUGGACUCAGUCCCAUUUCGUUGGACUCAGUCCCAUUUGGAAGGAGGAAGUGUAUGGCCCAGUCUAAUUCCUCUCUCCCCCAGUCGAAGUCUAACAGCUGGGUUGUCUGUCUGCCCAGAGCUCCAGACUCAUGGUGAUUGGUCAGCACAGCAGGGGCAGGGCUGCAGGAGGCUCCACUGCUCUAGUAGAAUGGAGGUUACAGGCUAGAGAACUCCCAUCCAAACAGAAGCCCCGGUCUGGCUGCCAAGGGGCCCUGUUCCCUCCUGCCAAGGGGCCCUGUUCCCUCCUCCUGCCAAGGGGCCCUGUUCCCUCCUCCUGCCAAGGGGCCCUGUUCCCUCCUCCUGCCAAGGGGCCCUGUUCCCUCCUCCUGCCAAGGGGCCCUGUUCCUCCUCCUGCCAAGGGGCCCUGUUCCUCCUCCUGCCAAGGGGCCCUGUUCCCUCCUCCUGCCAAGGGGCCCUGUUCCCUCCUCCUGCCAAGGGGCCCUGUUCCCUCCUCCUGCCAAGGGGCCCUGUAUCUCCUCCUGCCAAGGGGCCCUGUUCCCUCCUCCUGCCAAGGGGCCCUGUUCCUCCUCCUGCCAAGGGGCCCUGUUCCCUCCUCCUGCCAAGGGGCCCUGUUCCCUCCUCCUGCCAAGGGGCCCUGUUCCUCCUCCUGCCAAGGGGCCCUGUUUUAUCCUCCUCCUGCCAAGGGGCCCUGAUCAUCCUCCUGCCAAGGGGACAAAGCUUAGGGCUCACCCAGCAAACAGUUAACGUUCCUGGAACGUUCCUACAACUUUAGGUAUUUUAUUUUGAUCCCCAUUGGCUACAGCUAUUCUUACUUGGGUCCGACACAUAACGAAAAAGACACAAAAUACUUCACAAUUUACAUACAAUUAAAAACAUGACCAUGUAGUGUGUGCGCAUCUAUCAGUUACACAUACACCAGUCAAACGUUUUAGAACACCUAAUCAUUCCAGGGUUUUUCUUUAUUUUUUACUUUUUCUACAUUGUAGAAUAAUAGUGAAGACAUCAAAACUAUGAAAUAACACAUAUGGAAUCAUGUAGUAACCAAAAAAGUGUUAAAAAAAAUCAAAAUAUAUUUUAUAUUUGACUUUCUUCAAAGUAGCCACCCUUUGCCUUGAUGACAACUUUGCACACGCUUGUCAUUCUCUCAACCAGGUAGUCACCUGCAAUGCAUUUCAAUUAACUGGUGUGCGUUCUUAAAAGUUAAUUUAUGGAAUUUCUUUCCUUCUUAAUGUUUGAGCCAAUCAGUUGUGUUGUGACAAGGUAGGGUUGGUAUAAGCAUUUAUUUGGUCUGAUGAGUCCAAAUUUGAGAUUUCUGGUUCCAACCGCUGUGUCUUUGUAUACAGAAGAUAGCCCUAUUUGGUAAAAGACCAAGUCCAUAUUAUGGCAAGAACAGCUCAAAUAAGCAAAGAGAAAUCACAGUCUAUCAUUAAUUUAAGACAUGAAGGUCAGUCAAUACGGAACAUUUCAAGAACGUUUUAAGUUUCUUCAAGUGCAGUCGCAAAAACCAUCAAGUGCUAUGAUGAAACUGGCUCUCAUGAGGACCGCCACAGGAAUGGAAGAUCCAGAGUUACCUCUGCUGCAGAGGAUAAGUUCAGUAGAGUCACCAGCCUCAGAAAUUGCAGCCCAAAUAAAUGCUUCACAGUGUUCAAGUAACAGACACAUUUACAUUUAGUCAUUUAGCAGACGCUCUUAUCCAGAGCGACUUCCAGUUAGUGAGUGCAUAUAUUUUAUUUUUCAUACUGGAAUCGAACCCACAACCCUGGCGUUGCAAACGCCAUGCUCUACCAACUGAGCUACAUCCCUGCCGGCCAUUCCCUCCCCUACCCUGGACGACGCUGGGCCAAUUGUGCGCCGCCCCAUGGGUCUCCCGGUCGCGGCCGGCUACGACAGAGCCUGGAUUCGAACCAGGAUCUCUAGUGGCACAGCGUCGUCCAGGGGAGGGGAGGAAAUGGCCUUAGACCACUGCGCCACUCGGGAGGACACCAAUAAGAAGAAGAGACCUGCUUGGGCCAAGAAACACGAACAAUGGACAUUAGACUGGUGGAAAUCUGUCCUUUGGUCUGAUGAGUCCAAAUUUGAGAUUUCUGGUUCCAACCGCUGUGUCUUUGUGAGACGCAGAGUAGGUGAACAGAUGAUCUCCGCAUGUGUGGUUCCCACCGUGAAGCAUGGAGGAGGAGGUGUGAUGGUGUUUUGCUGGUGACACUAUUGGUGAUUUAUUUAGAAUUCAAGGCACACUGAACCAGCAUGGCUACCACAGCAUUCUGCAGCAAUACGCCAUCCCAUCUGGUUUGGGCUUAGUGGGACUAUCAUUUGUUUUUCAACAGGACAAUGACCCAACACACCUCCAGGCUGUGUAAGGGCUAUUUGACCAAGAAGUAGAGUGAUGGAGUGCUGCAUCUGAUGACCUGGCCUCCACAAUCCCCCGACCUCAACCCAAUUGAGAUGGUUUGGGAUGAGUCGGACGGCAGAGUGAAGGAAAAGCAGCUAACAAGUGCUCAGCAUAUGUGGGAACUCCUUCAAGACUGUUGGAAAAGCAUUCCAGGUGAAGCUGGUUGAGAGAAUGCCAAGAGUGUGCAAAGCUGUCAUCAAGGCAGAGGGUGGCUACUUUGAAGAACCUCAAAUAUAAAAUACAUUUUUGAUUUGUUUAACACUUUUUUGGUUACUACAUGAUUCCGUGUGUUAUUUCAUAGUUUUGAUGUCUUCACUAUUAUUCUACAAUGUAGAAAAUAGUAAAAAUAAAGAAAAACCCUUUAGUGAGUAGGUGUUCUAAAACUUUUGACUGUACAAUGUAAAAAAUUAAGAAAAACCGCUGGAAUGAGUAGGGUGGGCCAAACGUUUGACUGGUACUGUACAUGUCAGUACAUACACACAAAAAUUAGGUCAUGGGGGAGAGGCGUUGUGCCGUGAGGUGUUGCUUUAUUUGGUUUUUUAAAAACCAGGUUUGCUGUUCACUUGGUCUAUAUGAGAUGGAGAGGAGUUCCAUGCAAUCAUGGCUCUGUAUAAUACUGUAUGCUUCCUACUGGACCUGGAGACAGUGAAAAGACCCCUGGUGGCAUGUCUGUUGGGGUAAGUGUGUGUGUCAGUGCCUUGAAUAAGUUGACUACGCAAACUAUAUGGAACUUCCAACACAAUGGUUCUUAUAGAAACAAGAGACUGGCAUGCAUAGUAUUCAUAUAAGCCAUCUGAUAACAAUUAAGAGCAAAACAUGCCACUGUGUUCUGGGCCAGCUGUAGCUUAACUAGGUCCUUCUUUGCAGCACGAAAUAUGACCGGACAAUAAUUAAGAUAAGACAAAACUAGAUCCUGCAGGACUUGCUUUGUGGAGUGUGGUGUCAAAAAAAAGCAGAGCAUCGCUUUAUUUACGGACAGACCUCUAUCGAACAGUACAGCUCCCACACAUGUUGAGUGCCCUUCUCUAUAAAGGAUGCUGAAAGUCUGUUAAUUUGCUUAGAGAAAUAGCUUUGCAUUUGGUCAAACACCACUUUUUCCAACAGUUUGCUAAGAGCUGGCAGCUAGAACCAGUAAAGGCCGAUUUACCACCCUUGGGUAGCGGAAUGACUUUGGCUUCCCUCCAGGCCUGAGGACAAAGACUUUCCUCUAGGCUCAGAUUAAAGAUAUGACAGAUAGGAGUGGCUAUAGAGUCAGCUACCAUCCUCAGUAGCUUUCCAUCUAAGUUGUCAAUGCCAGGAGGUUUGUCAUUAUUGAUCGAUAACAAUCAUUUUCCCACCUCUCCCUCACCAACUUUACAAAAUUCAAACUUGCAAUGCUUUUCUUUCAUUAUUUGUUUAUUCAUGCAUGAGUACGAUGGCUCACUGUUCGUUGUUGGUAUUUCCUGCCUAAGUUUGCCCACUUAAUGAAGUAAAUCAUUAAAAUAAUUGGCAACAUCAAAUGGUUUUGUGAUGAAUAAGCCAUCUGAUUCGAUGAAACAUGGAGUUGAAUCUGUCUUUCUGCCCAUAAUUUCAUUUAAACUCCAAAGUCUUUUUCCAUCAUUCUGUAUAUCAUUGAUCUUGGCUUCAUAAUACAGUUUCUUCUUCUUUUUUGUUGAGUUUAGUCACAUAAUUUCUCAAUUUGCAGUAAGUCAGCCAGCCAGAUGUGCAGCCAGACUUAUUAUCCACUCCUUUUGCCCCGUCUCUUUCAACCAGACAUUUUUUCUGUUCCUCAUCAAUCCAUGGAGCCUUAACAGUUCUAACAGUCAGUUUCUUAACAGGUGCAUGUUUAUCAAUAAUUGGAAGAAGCAAUUUCAUAAAUUCAUCACGUGCAGCGUCUGGAUGCUCCUUAUUAAUCACAUCAGACCAACAAAUAUUUUUUAACAUCAUCCACAUAAGAGAGUCACAGCUAAAUCUUUUGUAUGAUCUCUUAUACACUAUUUUAGGCCCAGCUUUUGGAACUUUGGCUUUCCUGGAUAUAGCCACUAUAUUGUGAUCACUGCAUCCAAUGGGUACGGAUACUAGGGCUGCACGAUAUAUCGUUUCAGCAUCGACAUUGCGAUGUAUGCAUCCGCAAUAGUCACAUCGCAGAACGUGCGAUUUAGUAAGGUAAACAUAUCAGUCUACAAUAUAUAUAUUUUGUAAAUGUUAAACUAGCAUUAUAUCUGUCUGAUAUAACGUAAUGUACUCAGAUUUAUGGGUUAUUGGAUACACAGUUUAUUAUUAUUAUUAUUAUUAUUAUUUUAAACACAGAGUUGGUUGCUGCACGUGGGUGACAUGCAGGCUCUGCUUGCGCGUGACGAAAUGAUGAGCAAAAAAUACCAAAAUUGAGAAUUCGGUUGCAAAAAGAAAUGCAUCGUCAAUUAUAUGGAAAUAUUUCGGCUACAGACAGGAUGAUGUUGACCAAAAACAGGUACUUUGUCGAGAGUGCCUUGCAAUUGUUGCCACAACACGAGGCAACACGACCAAUUCGACCAUUUAAGGCGGCACCACGAAUCUUCGUAUGACGAGUGCAAAGCAUCUCAAUGCCCUCCAAAGCAUCUCAAUGCCCUCCAAAGCACAAAUCUAUUUCGGAUGCCUUUGCCAGUAUUACACCAUACGAGAAAGGUUCCAAACGGCAGAGAGAAAUCACAGAUUCAAUAACAUUUCACGUCGCCAAAUACAUGGUACCAAUUAACACGGUUACCAAAGAGGGUUUUAAAAACACGAUCCGGUCGCUUGACAAGCGGUGUGUAAUGCCAUCACGCAACUAUUUUUCUCAAGUUGCCAUCCCAGAGUUGUACGAGAAAUGCAAGGCACAAGUUGAAACAGAGCUGUCACAAGUGGAAUAUUAUACAGCAACAACGGACUUGUGGUCCAGCCGGACAACGGAGCCCUACGUAAGUCUGACCAUACACUUUAUUAAUGAGGACUUCCACCUGAAAAGUCGCUGUUUGCAAACUGCAUUUUCCCCCCAGAGGAUCAUACAAGGAUGAGAGAAGCUUUAGCUGAUUGGGGCCUAGACUAGAUGAGAGUAAUUUGUAAUGUAAUAAAAUGUUAAAUGACUUUUUGAUUUGAUUUUGUCACUCACAUGAGGCAGGUGAACCUGCAACCACAACACUUCAAUAACACUUGACAUGAGAUCUUCUCUAAGCAUUACAGGGAUAUGGCUCUGAAUAUAUACAGCAACACCUCCCCCAUAAGCAUUCCUGUCUCUUCUAUAGAUGUUAUAUCCUUGUAAUGCUACUGCUGUUUCAAAGGAAUCUCAGAAAUGGCUAAUAUAUUAAUGUUAAUAAUAAUAAUAAUAAUAAUAAUAUGCCAUUUAGCAGACGCUUUUAUCCAAAGCGACUUACAGUCAUGCGUGCAUACAUUUUGUGUAUGGGUGGUCCCGGGGAUCGAACCCACUACCUUGGCGUUACAAGCGCCGUGCUCUACCAGUUGAGCUACAGAGGACCACAUGUUAUCUGAUGUUAGAGAGUUAUUGAUUUCAUGAACCUUAUUUCUAAGGCUACAUAUAUUAAUAUGGGCUAUUUUCAGCCUUUUCCUGGGCAGCUUUAUCAGAGAUAGACAUAAUAUGGAGAAGAAAAACCCGAACAAAGCAAGAGAAAAAAUAAAACAUUUCUCAGCAGUCCAUCAAUCAGUCGGUGUUUGUGCUGCGGGGUAACAUUCCAAUGGAGCAGAACUGAGGUUCUAGAACUCCAAACGGAGGUUCCAUUCUAGAGAACUCCAAUCUCCCACAGCUACCAAGAGGGUGAAAGACUUUGCAUUGAGUGAGUGAACAGUGUCAAUCUUGCCAACCUGACAUAUUUUUGCCAAAAGAGUACCACGAUGGAAAUAAGCCUUUGGGCUUUUAUUUUUGUUUUAGCCUCGAUAAUUUGUCAUGUAUGUAAUGUUGUCUCCAGCUGGAGCAGUCUACUACUUUUAAUCCUUAAAUAAAUUCAAAUCAAUCAAUUAAAGCCAAGGGGGUCAAAGCUCAGGGCUCCCCCAGCAAACAGUGAACAUUCCUACAACAUUAGGUAACGUUCCUACAAUGUUAGGUAACGUUCCAACGCAGUCCCAAUGGAGUCCCAAUAGAGUAGAACUGAGGUUCCAGUCUAGAGAACUGGCUGCCAAGGGGCCCUGUUCCUCCUCCUGCCAAGGGGCCCUGUUCCUCCUCCUGCCAAGGGGCCCUGUUCCUCCUCCUGCCAAGGGGCCCUGUUCCUCCUCCUGCCAAGGGGCCCUGCUCCUCCUCCUGCCAAGGGGCCCUGUUCACUCCUCCUGCCAAGGGGCCCUGUUCACUCCUCCUGCCAAGGGGCCCUGUUCUCUCCUCCUGCCAAGGGGCCCUGUUCUCUCCUCCUGCCAAGGGGCCCUGUUCCCUCCUCCUGCCAAGGGGCCCUGUUCCCUCCUCCUGCCAAGGGGCCCUGUUCCUCCUCCUGCCAAGGGGCCCUGUUCACUCCUCCUGCCAAGGGGCCCUGUUCUCUCCUCCUGCCAAGGGGCCCUGUGCCCUCCUCCUGCCAAGGGGCCCUGUUCACUCCUCCUGCCAAGGGGCCCUGUUCACUCCUCCUGCCAAGGGGCCCUGUUCACUCCUCCUGCCAAGGGGCCCUGUUCCCUCCUCCUGCCAAGGGGCCCUGUUCCUCCUGCCAAGGGGCCCUGUUCCCUCCUCCUGCCAAGGGGCCCUGUUUAUCCUCCUCCUGCCAAGGGGCCCUGUUCCUCCUGCCAAGGGGCCCUGUUCCCUCCUCCUGCCAAGGGGCCCUGUUCCCUCCUCCUGCCAAGGGGCCCUGUUUAUCCUCCUGCCAAGGGGCCCUGUUCCUCCUCCUGCCAAGGGGCCCUGUUCAUCCUCCUGUCAAGGGGCCCUGUUUCUCCUCCUGCCAAGGGGCCCUGUUCCUCCUGCCAAGGGGCCCUGUUCCUCCUGCCAAGGGGCCCUGUUCCCUCCUCCUGCCAAGGGGCCCUGUUCCUCCUCCUGUCAAGGGGCCCUGUUCCUCCUGCCAAGGGGCCCUGUUCCACCUCCUGUCAAGGGGCCCUGUUCCUCCUGCCAAGGGGCCCUGUUCCUCCUCCUGCCAAGGGGCCCUGUUCCUCCUCCUGUCAAGGGGCCCUGUUCCUCCUGCCAAGGGGCCCUGUUCCUCCUCCUGCCAAGGGGCCCUGUUCCUCCUCCUGUCAAGGGGCCCUGUUCCUCCUCCUGUCAAGGGGCCCUGUUCCUCCUCCUGUCAAGGGGCCAAAAGCUCAGGCCUUGAAUGUUCUGUGAACAUUAUGUAGGCUUACAUUCCAAGACUCCAGCAGAACAGAAUAGAACUGAGGUUGGUUGCAGUCUGAAGAACUCCCAUCCAAACAGCAGCCCUGUUUCUGAAGCCAAGGGGCUAAAGCUCAGGGGCCCACCCAGCAAACACAACAUUCCUUGAAAAUUCCUACAAUGGCUAGGUAACAUUCCAAAGCAUCAGCAGAACGGAGUUGGUUCCAGUCUAGAUAACUCCUAUGCAAACAGCAGACCUGCUACAGCUGCCAAGGGGUCAGGGCUCAGAGCCUGGAGAACUGGGGGGGGGGGUAAUUAUUUCAGCAGGCAGUUGAACACCUGGCUCUGCUGGGUGCCAAGAGUGUGCAAAGCUGUCAUCAAGGCAAAGGGUGGUUAUUUGAAGAAUCUCAAAUAUAAAAUAUAUUUUGAUUUGUUUAACACUUUUUUGGUUACUACAUUAUUCCAUAUGUGUUAUUUCAUAGUUUCGAUGUCUUCACUAUUAUUCUACAAUGUAAAAAAUAUUUUAAAAAAUAAAGAAAAACCCUUGAAUGAGUAGGUGUCGUCCAAACUUUUGACUGGUACUGUAUAUAUUUAUUUUUUAUGGGUUGUUUUUUGGGGGGGGGGGGGGGGGGGGGGGGGGGGGGUUUGCUCAGAAAACUUGGGGCCGAGCAGUCGCACACAAGUUUAAGAUCACCAUGUGCAAUGCCAAGCGUCGGCUGGAGUGGUGUAAAGGUUCCCGCAAUUGGACUCUGGAGCAGUGGAAACACGUUCUCUGGAGUGAUGAAUCACCCUUCACCAUCUGGCAGUCCGACGGACGAAUUUGAGUUUGAAGGAUGCCAGGAGAACGCUACCUGCCCCAAUGCAUAGUGCCAACUGUAAAGUUUGGUGGAGGAGGAAUAAUGGUAUGGGGCUGUUUUUCAUGGUUCGGGCUAGGCCCCUUAGUUCCAGUGAAGGGAAAUCUUAACGCUACAGCAUACAAUGACAUUCUAGACGAUUCUGUGCUUCCAACUUUGUGGCAACAGUUUGGGGAAGGCCCUUUCCUGUUUCAGCAUGACAAUGCCCCCGUGCACAAAGCAAGGUCCAUACAGAAAUGGUUUGUCGAGAUCAGUGUGUAAGAACUUGACUAGCCUGCACAGAGCCCUGACCUCAACCCCAUCGAACACCUUUGGGAUGAAUUGGAACGCCGACUGCGAGCCAGGCCUAAUCGCCCAACAUCAGUGCCCGACCUCACUAAUGCUCUUGUUGCUGAAUGGAAGCAAGUCCCCACAGCAAUGUUCCAACAUCUAGUGGAAAGCCUUCCCAGAAGAGUGGAGGCUGUUAUAGCAGCAAAGGGGGGACCAACUCCAUAUUAAUGAUUUUGGAAUGAGAUGAUCGAGAAGCGGGUGUCCACAUACUUUUGGUCACGUAGUAUAUCUGUUUAGGCUUCUUGAAGUCAAUUUGCAAUCUAAAAAUAUUUGUUUUAUUAUGUUCCGGCCCCCGACCAUCCGCUCAAGAAAAAUUGGCCCCCGGCUGAAUGUAGUUGAUGACCCCUGCACUACAGUAUUAACCCUAACAGGGUGUUACUCUAUCCUCCACUAGAGAGAAGCAGCAGCCCUGUGGCUGGGAGAGGACUAUGACUCCAGCAUGGUCUUCCUGCCUGCUGAUGAACCUGACGAUGCCCCCGCUGGGGGGGUUGACGCCUUGGGUAAGACAACAGCUCUACGUGCGUCUUCUUCCAUGUCUCUCACUGCCUCCCUCUGCCUGACUUACUCUCCCUUCCUGCUCGUCACUCCUGCCUCCUCUCCUACCCUCCCUCCAUCUCACUGCCUCCUCUCCUACCCUCCCUCCCGUCUCUCACUGGCUCCUCUCACUCCUACCCUCCUCCAUUCAUGCCAUCCUCUCCUACCCUCCCUCCCAGUCUCUCACUGCCUCCUCUCCUACCCUCCCUCCCCGUCUCUCACUGCCUCCUCUCCUACCCUCCCUCCCCGUCUCUCACUGCUCCUUCUACCUCCCUCCCCGUCUCUCACUGCCUCACUCCUACCUCCCCGUCUCUCACUGCCUCCUCUCCUACCCUCCCCCCAGUCUCUCACUGCCUCCUCUCCUACCCUACCCUCCCGUCCUCACUGCCUCCUCUCCUACCCUCCCUCCCCGUUCUCACUGCCUCCUCUCCACCCCACCGUCUCUCAUGCCUCCUCUCUACCCUCCCUCCAUCUCACUGCCUCCUCCUCCCUACCCUCCCUGUCUCUCACGGGCCUCCUCUCCUACCCUCCUCCCGUCUCUCACUGCCUCCUCUCCUACCCUCCCCAGUCUCUCACUGCCUCCUCUCCUACCUCCCUCCAUCUCACUGCCUCCUCUCCUAUCCUCCCUGGUCUCUCACUGUCUCCUCUCCUACCCUCCCUCCCCGUCUCUCACUGCCUCCUCUCCUACCAUCCCUCCCUCCAUCUCACUGCCUCCUCUCCUACCCUCCCUCCAUCUCACUGCCUCCUCUCCUACCCUCCCUGUCUCUCACUGCCUCCUCUCCUACCCUCCCUGUCUCUCACUGCCUCCUCUCCUACCCUCCCUGUCUCUCACUGCCUCCUCUCCUACCCUCCCUGUCUCUCACUGCCUCCUCUCCUCCCUCCCUGUCUCUCACUGCCUCCUCUCCUACCCUCCCUGUCUCUCACUACCUCCUCUCCUACCCUCCCUGUCUCUCACUGCCUCCUCUCCAUACCCUCCCUGUCUCUCACUGCCUCCUCUCCUACCCUCCCUGUCUCUCCACUGCCUCCUCUCCUCCCUCCCUGUCUCUCACUGCCUCCCCUCCUACCCUCCCUGUCUCUCACUGCCUCCCCUCCUACCCUCCCUGUCUCUCACUGCCUCCUCUCCUACCCUUCCUCCCUCCAUCUCACUGCCUCCUCUCCUACCCUCCCUGUCUCUCACUGCCUCCUAUCCUACCCUCCCUGUCUCUCACUGCCUCCUCUCCUACCCUCCCUCCAUCUCACUGCCUCCUCUCCUCCCUCCCUGUCUCUCACUGCCUCCCUCUUCCUCUCCCUGCUCACUCUUCUUGUCUCUACCUCCCUGCCUCUCCUUGAGUCUCCCUCUCUCUCGCUCCCUGUUUAAUAGCCACAUGUUCCCGUUAAAACAGGACUAAUUGGAAGCUUUCAUGGACCACGUCUAUCUGUUGCUGUGUUUGUGUGCUUUUUCUGUCGGCCCGGGACAGAACCAGACCUGUGUUCAAAUACUAUUUAAAAUCAUUACAAAUACUUUAGUUGUGCUUGAUUGAGCUUGGCUGUUGAAAUGGAACCAAUAGAAAAGUCUCAAAACGUGCAAAUCCCACCCACCUGACAAUCCAAAAAGGCUAAAGCAAAUGCUUAAAGUAUUUGAAAAAGACUUCAAAUAGUAUUUGAACCCAGGUCUGUUCAGGACCAUGUUGUUUACUCUGUGCAGCAGGCAGCAGCUGAGCUUAUUAAAAACAUGACUUAGAGGAGAUAAGAGAAAUUGAAGGAGACCUCAACACUCAGCUAUAGCCUCCAUUAUAGUAACAGAGGCCCCUUUAGCCAUGAUAUCUGGGCCAACAGGACUUGGCUUCUAGAGGACCAUUGACCAAAUCGUUAAAAAAACAAACUAACCCAACAUGUGGAGUUUUGACAACCACAGCCAGAGCCAUUGUAAAUGUAUAAAUAAUCUCAGAAGUGUUCAAAAAAAAUGAAAAAAUAAAAUAACAAGAAAAUUAUUAUAAUAGUAAAUGAAUAAAAAAAUAUUUCUCUGUCCCCAGAGCUGCCCACAUGCCUGCUGUGUGUGUGUCUGACCGGUUCGGUGUACUGUGAGGAGGUUGUUCCAGAGAUGAGUGCUGUGCCGACCCUGCCCAAGGAGACUGCCUACCUCUACGCACGCUACAACAAGAUCAACAAGAUCACCAAUAAAGACUUUGCAGAAAUCGGUGAGUAGGGUUGAAACAUUUCAGGAAACUUUCACACGGUUCCUAAUUUCCCCAGAGGUUUUCAGAUAUCCCGGGUUGAAUGAUUCCUAGUUGGAGAAUUUCCUGCCUGCUUAUUACCUUCAGAAUCCAGAUAUCACUUCAACUGGGAUUUAUAGAAACCUGGGAACUUUGGGAAAAACGCACAGUUCUUUGCAACCCUAUUUGUACGUGAUUCUGGUUCAGGUUUCCUUUGGCUUGCUGCCUUCUCAAACAUUCUUCACACAGUCUCCCUAAUACAUAGCUGGAAGACAACCCAACACAUGUUGAGGAAAAUGCAUUCAGGAAAUAAAGAUAACAGAUUGACAUUUUCAUGGCCUCUGUAGACAUAUGGUGGAUAACUAAAAGCUUCCUUUAGUUAGACAUAUGUUUGUGGAUGUUAUGUGGGCCCCUCCCUCCACUGAUAAAAGUAGAAACACAGCUGGAUUUAAAAGCUGACGAGAUGUACGUUUUGGCAAACUCUUCCAGGUCUCCAUCUUGGCUUUACAUUUAGAAUGCAGAAGUUUAAAAAUGCCUAACUGUCAGAAGGAAGCUUCUAGAUCAUCCAUGUCUCUGUGUGUACAUGUGGCAUAGACCAAAUCUAAAUAUUGCAUAACUCACUUGACCUAUGAGAGCUAGGCCUGUAGCUUAAUGCUACAUAAAAACAACAAUACUGCAGUUUGCAACCGCCAACGGAAAAUUAGGUUCUAAUUCAUCCUACGUCAGUGACUCCGAAGAGAAUCAACCCCGACAUGGUUUUUAUUCUAAAUCUACAUUGAGUCAAUUCUAAGAUCUACGUUUUUAUUCUCAUUCUAGAAGUACGUUUUUUUUUUUUGUUCUUUCUCAGUGACUCUGAAGAGAAUCGACCUGACGGGGAACCUGAUCUCGGAGAUCGAGGACGGAGCAUUCUCUAAGCUGACCCUGCUGGAGGAACUCAAUUUGGCAGAGAACCAACUGGUGAAGCUUCCCAUGCUGCCCAGCAAGCUCACCACCUUCAACGCCAACCACAACCAGCUCAAAACCAAAGGGGUCAAGGCCAAAGCCUUCAAGGUACAGUGAAAAGGACAUGAAAUACAGAUAAGAUUCCUGACUGUUUUAUUGAGUGUAUUUGUUUCAACCCCGAAGGUCAUCGUCAGGCUUGACAUUGCUCAAAACAUUGCGAGAUAGUGGCUAUGGACCUUGGGUGCUUGACUGAGGCACGUUAGGUGCCUGAUUUGAGCUUUGCCACGACAAACCCCUGCCCCCUUGGAUUUCUUUACAUUUUCUUGCAUUACAAAGUGGGAUUAAAAUUCAUUGAAUUGGCAUUAUUUGUCAACGAUCUGAAUAAAUUACUCUGUAAUGUCAAAGUGGAAGAAAAACGAUAUAUAUUUUUUUAUAUAUAAUAAAACAUUUAAUAAUAAAAAUGUAGUGGCUGCCCACACUACCUGUCAAAAGUUUGGACACACCUACUCAUUCAAGGGUUUUUCUUUAUUUUUUCCUAUUUUCUACAUUGUAGAAUAAUAGUGAAGACAUCAAAACCAUGAAAUAACACAUAUGGAAUCAUGUAGUAACCAAACAAAUCAAAAUAUAUUUUAUGUUAGAGAUUCUUAAAAAAGCCACCCUUUGCCUUGAUGACAGCUUUGCACACUCUUGGCAUUCUCUCAACCAGCUUCAUGAGGUAGUCACCUGGAAUGCAUUUCAAUUAAACAGGUGUACCUUCUUAAAAGUUAAUUUGUGGAAUUUCUUUCCUUCUUCAUGCAUUUGAGCCAAUCAGUUGUGUUGUGUCAAGGUAGGGGGGGUAUACAGAAGAUAGCCCUAUUUGGUAAAAGACCAAGUCCAUAUUAUGGCAAGAACAGCUCAAAUAAGCAAAGAGAAACGACAGUCCAUCAUUACUUUAAGACAAAAAGGUCAAUCAAUCUGGUAAUUUCAAGAACUUUGAAUGUUUCUUCAAGUGCAGUCACAAAAACCAUCAAGCGCUAUGAUGAAACUGGCUCUCAUGAGGACCGCCACAGGAAUGGAAGACCCAGAGCUACCUCUGCUGCAGAGGAUAAAGUUCAUUAGAGUUACCAGCCUCAGAAAUUGCAGCCCAAAUACAUGCUUCACAGAGUUCAAGUAACAGACACAUCUCAACAACUGUUCAGAGGGGACUGUAUUAAAUCAGGCCUUCAUGGUCGAAUUGCUGCAAAGAAACCACUACUAAAGGACACCAAUGAGAAGAAGAGACUUGAUUGGGCCAAGACACACAAGCAAUGGACAUUAGACCGGUGGAAAUGUGUCCUUUGGUCUGGAGUCCAAAUUUGAGAUUUUUGGUUCCACCCGCUGUGCCUUUGUGAAACGCGAUGUGGGUGAACAGAUGAUCUCUGCAUGUGUAUUUCCCACUGUAAAGCAUGGAGGAGGUGAUGUUAUGGUGUGGGGGUGCUUUGCUGGUGACACUGUCAGUGAUCUAUCUAGAAUUGAAGGCACACUUAACCAGCAUGGCUACCAUAGCAUUCUGCAGCGAUACGCCAUCCAAUCUGAUUUGGGCUUAGUGGGACUAUCAUUUGUUUUUCAACAGGACAAUGACCCAAUACACCUCCAGGCUGUGUAAGGGCUAUUUGACCAAGAGGGAGAGUAAUGGAGUGCUGUCUCUCAACCAGCUUCACCUGGAAUGCUUUUCCAACAGUCUUGAAGGAGUUCCCACAUUCUGAACACUUGUUGGCUGCUUUUCCUUCACUCUGCCAUCCGACUCAUCCCAAACCAUCUCAAUUGGGUUGAGGUCGGGGGAUUGUGGAGGCCAGGUCAUCUGAUGCAGCACUCCAUCACUCCCCUUCUUGGUCAAAUAGCCCUUACACAGCCUGGAGGUGUGUUGGGUCAUUGUCCUGUUGAAAAACAAAUGAUAGUCCCACUAAGCCCAAACCAGAUGGGAUGGCGUAUUGCUGUGGUAGCCAUGCUGGUUAAGUGUGCCUUGAAUUCUAAAUAAAUCACAGACAGUGUCACCAGCAAAGCACCCCCACACCAUAACACCACCUCCUCCAUGCUUUACGGUGGGAACCACACAUGCAGAGAUCAUCCGUUCACCCACACUGCGUCUCACAAAGACACGGCGGUUGGAACCAAAAAUCUCCAAUUUGGACUCCUGACCAAAAGGACACAUUUCCACCGGUCUAAUGUCCAUUACUCGUGUUUCUUUGCCCAAGCAAGUCUCUUCUUAUAAUUGGUGUUCUUUAGUAGUGUUUUCUUUGCAGAAAUUUGACGAUGAAGGCCUGAUUCACACAGUCCCCUCUGAACAGUUGAUGUUUAGAUGUGUCUGUGACUUCAACUCUGUGAAGCAUUUAUUUGGGCUGCAAUUUCUGAAGCUGGUAACUCUAAUGAACUUAUCCUCUGCAGCAGAGGUAACUCUGGGUCUUCCAUUCGUGUGGCGGUCCUCAUGAGAGCCAGUUUCAUCAUAGCGCUUGAUGAUUUUUGCGACUGCACUUGAAGAAACGUUCAAAGUUCUUGAAAUGUUCCGUAUUGACUGACUUCAUGUCUUAAAGUAAUGAUGGACUGUCGUUUCUCUUUGCUUAUUUGAGCUGUUCUUGCCAUAAUAUGGACUUGGUCUUUUACCAAAUAGGGUUAUGUUCUGUAUACCCCCCCCCCCCCCCCUACCUUGUCACAACACAACUGAUUGUCUCAAAUGCAUUAAGAAGGAAAUCAAUUCCACAAAUUAAAUUUUAAGAAAGCACACCUGUUAAUUGAAAUGCAUUCCAGGUGACUACCUCAUGAAGCUGGUUGAGAGAAUGCCAAGAGUGAGCAAAGCUGUCAUCAAGGCAAAGGGUGGCUAUUUGAAGAAUCUCAAAUAUAAAAUAUAUUUUGAUUUGUUUAACCCUUUUUUGGUUACUACAUGAUUCAUAUGUGUUAUUUCAUAGUUUUGAUGUCUUCACUAUAAUUAUACAAUGUAGAAAAUAGUAAAAAUAAAGAAACACCCUUCAAUGAGUAGGCGUGUCCAAACUUUUUACUGGUAGUGUACAUUUCUUCCACUUUGACAUUACAGAAUAUUUUGUGUAGAUUGUUGACAAAAAACUACAAGUAAAUCCAUUUUAAUACCACUUUGUAACACAAUAAUACCACUAUUGUAACCCAAAUAAAUGCUUCAAUAACGUGAAGAAAUACAUGAAUACAAUGCAAGGCACUAUUUUGGUCUCACUGUUUCCACCAUGCAGAAACUGGAGAAGCUGAUCAACCUGUUCCUGGGAGACAAUGCACUGGAGGCCGUACCAGUGAUCCCUGAGAGCGUCCGCAUUGUCCACCUUCAGGUCAGUACCACACACGGUGGCAUGCAAACGGUCUUGACUUCUGGUUAGAGGCUACUCAGUCGGAGGAUUCCCUCUCUACUUACACUGCCAGUCAAAAGUUUGGAGACACCUACUCAUUCAACGUUUUUCUUUAUUUUUUUACAUUGUAGAAUAAUAGUGAAGAAAUCAAAACUAUGAAAUAACACAUAUGGAAUCAUGUAGUAACCAGAAAAGUGUUAAACAAAAUCAACGUAUAUUUUAUAUUUGAGGUUCUUCAAAUACCCACCCUUUGCCUUGAUGACAGCUUUGCACACUCUUGGCAUUCUCUCAACCAGCUUCAUGAGGUAGUCACCUGGAAUGGAUUUCAAUUAACAGGUGUGCCUUCUUAAAAGUUAAUUUGUGGAAUUUCUUUCCUUCUUAAUGUGUUUGAGCCAAUCAGUUGUGUUGUGACAAGGUAGGGGGGGUAUACAGAAGAUAGCCCUAUUUGGUAAAAGACCAAGUCCAUAUUAUAGCAAGAACAGCUCAAAUAAGCAAAGAGAAACGACAGUCCAUCAUUACUUUAAGAUAUGAAGGUCAGUCAAUAUGGAACAUUUCAAGAACUUUGAAGGUUUCUUCAAGUGCAGUCGCAAAAACCAUCAAGCGCUAUGAUGAAACUGUCUCUCAUGAGGACCGCCACAGGAAAGGAAGACCCAGAGUUACCUCUGCUGCAGAGGAUAAGUUCAUUAGAGUUACCAGCCUAAGAAAUUGCAGCCCAAAUAAAUGCUUCAAAGAGUUGAAGUCACAGACACAUCUCAACAUCAACUGUUCAGAGGGGACUGUGUGAAUCAGGCCUUCAUCGUCAAAUUGCUGCAAAGAAACUACUACUAAAGGACACCAAUAAGAAGAAGAGACCUGCUUGGGCCAAGAAACACGAGCAAUGGACAUUAGACCGGUGGAAAUUUGUCCUUUGGUCUGGAGUCCAAAUUUGAGAUUUUUGGUUCCAACCGCCGUGUCUUUGUGAGACGCAGUGUGGGUGAACGGAUGAUCUCCGCAUGUGUGGUUCCCACCGUAAAGCACGGAGGAGGAGGUGUUAUGGUGUGGAGGUGCUUGCUGGUGACACUGUCUGUGAUUUAUUUAGAAUUCAAGGCACACUUAACCAGCAUGGCUACCACAGCAAUACGCCAUCCCAUCUGGUUUGGGCUUAGUGGGAAUAUCAUUUGUUUUUCAACAGGACAAUGACCCAACACACCUCCAGGCUGUGUAAGGGCUAUUUGACCAAGAAGGAGAGUGAUGGAGUGCUGCAUCAGAUGACCUGGCCUCCACAAUCCCCCGACCUCAACCCAAUUGAGAUGGUUUGGGAUGGGUCGGACGGCAGAGUGAAGGAAAAGCUGCCAACAAGUGCUCAGAAUAUGUGGGAACUCCUUCAAGACUGUUGGAAAAGCAUUCCAGGUGAAGCUGGUUGAGAGAAUGCCAAGAGUGUGCAAAGCUGUCAUCAAGGCAAAGGGUGGCUAUUUGAAGAAUCUCAAAUAUAAAAUAUAUUUGGAUUUGUUGAACACUUUUUUGGUUACUACAUGAUUCCAUAUGUGUUAUUUCAUAGUUUUGAUGUCUUCACUAUUAUUCUACAAUGUAGAAAACAGUAAAAAUAAAGAAAAAACCUUGAAUGAGUAGAUGUGUCCAAACUUUUGGCUGGUACUGUACGUCCUCAUGAUUUCAACGGGAAACCUCCAACUGGGAUUUCUGAAAAACCUGGAGAACUUUGGGAAAGUUCCCAGAAUUUUGCAACUCUAAUCCCCGACUGCUUAACCCAAACAGCUAAAUGCUGGCACCGUCGGAGGGUCCCUAGAGUAAUCACGAUUCUAAACUUUUCUCUUCCAUCUUCUCUCUACAGAACAACAACAUCACGGAUAUCAGCUCCGACACGUUCUGCAAGGGCAACAACACUUACUACAUCAGACCAAACCUGAAGGAGGUGAGGCUGGACGGGAACCCAGUGCUGCUGUCUAAGCACCCCGACAGCUUCACCUGCCUCAAGUCUCUCCCCGUCGGACAGUACCGCUAAGACUAAAAGAGGUCUUCUGUGCUGACGUCAGUGGGACUUCCUGAUUGAAUAAAAGUUUAAAACAGAAAUACAUGCGACUUCUACAGGGGCGUAUACAGUCCGGUGGAAUGUUAUUAUGAACGUUGCGGAUAGACAGCCAUGUAAUGAAUAGAUCCGACAUGAUUCCCUGUUCUACUUGACAAAGACAAGACAAUCUUUAUAAUGAAUGGUCGUCUACACCAUACAUUGCAAUUCUGUCUGAACGUUCUUCUGUAAAAAUUGUGCCCAGGUCUUUCUCAGUCUCUUUCAGAAGACUAGUGGCUGGGACUGAAAUGAUAGUAUCUCACUUUAGCAAGCUAGGCUACAUUGGUGAUAUAACGUCUCACACAAGGCUUUGAGCGGAUCACCUGUUUCUGAUUAGAAGGUUCCUUUACAUUUAGACUGGUCUUGAACAUAACUUGAACAAAUCAGCUAUGUGGUCGGGAAGACUUUGCAAAUACGCCUUUCUUUUGAAUGUUUGCUUUUGCAUUCUGUUUGACUUAUGACUUCUUUAAAAACGUUGAGUCAAGCUUUUGGCUUUCCUCCGAAUUCUGUGAAUUACUUUCAUGUAAACUGGUUCUUAACUUAACAACUCAAGUAGAAGUUGAUGACAAAUAUAUCUUUGAACUACGUAGCCUAAAGUAAUGUGAACAUAAGGGGACUGUGCUCCCAACAUAUGAUAUUAAAAUGGUGAUAUUCUUUUCUAAAGUCCCUUCAAUCAUAAUUACUCAUUUAGGAAUUAUUACCUGUGUGAAUAAACAAAUAUGAUGUACACAAAAAAAAAAAAAAAAAAAAA